AUGCAUGAUUAUCCAAGAUCCUUCUGGUACCUGGAAGCUAAUUGCACGCCUGGGAGGGAGAAGCUACCAGAACAAAGAGUAGGGAGUGAUCGGAACGGAGUUAGUAGAUCGCCCGGUCCGGGUCUAUCCAGUAGUGGUCUACUAUAUUCUCUUCCAAGUGGACGAUACUCUGCCAAAUCGAGCUCGAUAAUGGAGGAAAAUGGGAAAGCUGAAGUCGAUGAAGUGGAAAUUGAAGUUGAGAAGGGAAAAACUGAUAACGAAAACGGGAAAGCUGUUAUCGAAAAAUUGGAAACUGAAGUUGAGAAGGAAAACAUUGAUAUCGAAAACGGGAAAACUGAUGUCGGAAAAGUGGAAACUGAAGCCGAGAAGGGGAAAACUGUUAUCGAAAAUGGGGAAGUUGAUGUUGAAAGCGGGAAAACUCAAAUCGAAAAUGGGAAACCAGAAGAGAAGAAGAACGGUAUUGAAAAGAAUGGAAAACCUUCAGAGAGAAAGACCAUGGCGUAUGACGACGUCGUGGAGCUUCUAGGACAGUUCGGGAAGUACCAGAGAAGGAUAUACAUUCUACUCUGCCUGCCAGCCAUCUCCUGCGCCCUCCACAAACUAUCAGGAGUCUUCCUACAAGCAAGAGUAGCGCACAGAUGCUUACUUCCCGGAGAGGAAGCGAACACAAGCUACUUCAACAUCAACGAUUCUAUCUCUUCUAUGAUUUAUCCUUGGGACAGCUUCCAAAAAGCAAGAUCCUCCUGCCUGAGGUAUGACAUCAACAUCACUGGCGCUUAUCUGGAUGGGAAGAUCCCAUCCAACCACACGGUUUCUUGUAGCCAUUGGGUUUAUGAUACUUCUAAUUAUGGAAGUACAACACUUACUGAGUGGGACCUUGUUUGUGAUCAUGCUUGGCUAAAGGCAACUUCCGAUGCCCUACUCAUGAUAGGAGUGAUGCUAGGCUCCAUAAUUUUCGGGGACCUUUCCGACAGGGUUGGAAGAAAACCAAUUUUUUUCAUAUCACUAGUAAUGCAGGUGGUAUUCGGGCUGUUAGUAGCAAUUUCACCAAAUUACUAUUCCUUCAUGUUCUCAAGGAUGAUUGUUGGAGCAACAACAUCGGGUGUCUAUUUGGUAGCUUACGUCAUUGCAAUGGAGAUGGUGGGUCCAAAAAAGAGAAUGGUUGCUGGAGUGAUCUUCCAGAUGUUCUUCACCUUUGGAUUUAUCCUAACUGCAGGAUUUGCUUUCUACCUCAGGGAGUGGCGGACACUCCAAAUUGCUCUUACCCUGCCUGGUAUCGCUUUCUUCACUUAUUGGUGGUUUGUACCUGAAUCUGUAAGGUGGCAGUUAACUAAAGGACGAUGGGAAGAGGCUAAGAAAACUCUCAGGGCUGUGGCAGCGGAAAAUAAGAAAACAUUGCCUGAAAGUGUCAUUGAUGAACUCUGUACCCAGGUUGAGAAUGACAGGAAGGCAGAAACUGCAGGAGGGAAAGAAAAACCUUCCCUUCUUCAUCUUUUCAAAUAUCCUAAUCUGAGGAAGAAGUCUCUUGUUAUUUUUUUCUUGUGGUUUGUGAGCAGUGGAACCUAUUAUGGUCUCUCGUGGAACACUUCUAAGUUAGGAGGAAAUGAAUACAUCAAUUUCGUGAUCUCUGGCACUGUAGAAGUGCCAGCUUAUACAAUCCUCAUCUUCACAUUAGACAGGUGGGGCAGGAAAGCCAUACUCUGUGGUUCCAUGAUUAUUGCAGGGAUAUGCCUUUUAGCUACAGCACUUGUUCCAGCUGAUCUUCAAUGGCUAAGCAUCACCUUAGCUAUGGCUGGAAAGCUGGCAAUCACAUCAGGUUAUGGCACUGUCUACAUCUUAACUGCUGAACAGUUUCCAACCGUUAUUAGGAAUGUCGGCCUGGGGGCUGCAUCCACAUUUGCGAGAGUUGGUGGAAUCCUGGCUCCUUAUGUUAAUAUUAUGGCUGAAUUAUGGACUCCUCUUCCUUUAAUAGUAUUCGGUGUUCUCUCUCUAGUAAGCGGUUCAUCAGCGCUCAUACUUCCUGAAACUCUUAACAAAACUCUUCCUGAAACAAUUGAAGAUGGGGAAUUAUUUGGAAAAAAAGCUUACAAGAAAAAAGACUACAGGAAUGGGGAGGAAAUGUCCCAACUUAGUGAAAACAAGUCAUGAUAAAUAAUGGAAGAUUAAGAACUGCCUUCAACGUCAGAAGAAAUUCAGUAUUCAUUUGUAAAAUUUAAUUACCUUAUAAUUUUGUUUUAUUGUUUUAGAAAUAAGAAAAAUAUCCUUAGAACCUCAACUUAAAUUUAUAUAAGACUUAAGUGUAAGUUCCAUUUUAUAAUAUAAGUGUUUAUUUUAUUGACUAUUAAUUAGAAAUUAAUUUGCUUAUGUAUCUUUUUCUACCACAAGAGUAUCAUCACAAUUUUAAACUUAUAGGAAAUUAUAUGUAUAUAUAUAAAUUACAUCUUUAGCAAUAAAUGUAGUGAAUAGACACUAUUUUUCAAUAAUGUUGUUAAUUCAAUGAUAAUAAUAUUCCUUGAAUGACCAGUUUGAAUGUAAAUUGAUACUAUUUUUAUUUUAGAAUAUGAAAAAGUCAAAAACUAUUUAAAUUAUCUAACCAUAACGCAUCUAAUUAAUAAUUGUUUUCAUAUUUAAAAAUACCUCAUGUGAAAGGGUUGCUCAAUUAACAAUUAAAUUUUAAUUAGUGAAACAGCUUAUCCUAAUGUUCUGAAUAAUCCAAAGUUCAUAUCAUUUUUGUUUUGCAGCCUCAUGAUUUUCUAAAUAAUAAAUUAUUUAAGCAAUUUAUUAUCAAACCAUGAAAAGAUACUUCUAUCUAAGAGGGCAAAUUAUAAUUUCAGUUUAGGAAUACUUGUUUACAUAACUUUUGUUGAACUUCAAAACUGUUUUAUGUUUUCUACAACUUCCCCUUCUUGUUUGACUAGUAAAUUCAACUUUGACUAUUCAUGUUGAAAAUAAUUUAAUAUUUUUAAUUUAUUUUUUUAUUCAAAAUAAUAAUAAUUAGUUUUGGGAAGAAAAAUAAAUUUCAAUCUAAAAGUUAUUUCUUAGGAAAACAGCCAAAUAAAUUGUUUCAUUUACAUGUUUAAGAGCACCAAAGAAUCAUACCAAUAUUUUUUAAAAAUAGAUAAGUAAUACAGAAAAGAUUAGAGUAUUUAAAUAUAUUAAAAUUUUCAAAGCUAGAAUAUAUUGGGAUUAAUUUUAUUUUCUAUUAUAGUUUUUAUAAAUAAAGUACUUUGAGGGACAGUUAGACUAGACUUCCAUUUUGGUUCACUCUAUAAAUAUGAAAUGUUGACACCACUUUUAUUAUUAAAGAAAAAGAUUUAGUGAGACCAUGGCAAAAUAAAUUUAAUAUAUUAAUUUUAUGCACACAGGAAAUAAAUCAUAAGCACAAAAAUGGCCCUCAUGAGUUAUGUUUAUUGUAAUCGAUUCAAUAGGCUUCUAGACAUUGAGAAAUUUUUGGAAACUCAGAGCCUUAAGUAUUAUUAAAUACAAUUUUCAGGUCUAGAUAAAGACACCAGAGUUACCAAAUUCUUCACAAUGGGCAGAAGACUUGAGAAAUGAUCACAAGAAAUAUGACAUGAGAUCGUUUUUUGACUUACAAAGUUAUUCUCUGUGACCAUAGAAUAAAUAAAUUAAUUUAUCAAUUAUCAUUUACUUUUUUAUUAUGUGUAUAAUGUACACAUUAUCUUAUUGUUUAGCCUCUUUUCCUGGCCAUUCAGUUUUUCUCUAAAACAGGUUAACAUCUAUGGUUGUAUGGAUACAACCUGAGGGACAACCUGUGGUGCAUAUCCUCCUCCUUCCCAAGAUCGAUGACGCAAGAACAUAUCCUUCUCCCUCCCCCCUCUUCCCCUCCACUCCCAAUUUAUUUUAUUGCUCACAGCUAAAAACAAAGCAAGUGAAGGUAGAAUUAGAAAAUUUGUAGAUCAUAUACAAUUACACUUGCUGCAGUCUAUUCCACGUUUUCUCCUUGUCCCUUAGUAUAAAAAUUUUCAUUCCAGAAAUUCAUAAAACUGCCGAAAUGUAACCCCCUCCAAAAUUUUGAUGGGACAAGUUGUGCUAUCAAACCCCAUUCUGGGCUCCUCUGGGGACAACUAAGAGGGGCUAUGCCAUAGGCCCUUAUCUCCUUCCCUAUUAUAAUAUUUUGACAAACUUUUAUUAUUAAUGAUAAUCCAAAUAUUCAUCAUUCCAUAACUGAAAUUGAUUUGCUAACAGCAAUCCAUAAAUGAAUCUUUAGAAUUUUCAAUAGCCUCAUUGAGCUUCUCUUUUUUAAAUAUUUAUUUAUAUUAUAAUAAGGGAAAUGAAAAUUGAUGAAUAAAGAGGCUAGAUCUAGAAUAAAUAAUAUUUUUGUACAAUUUAUAAUCUUAAGAACCCAGCCUCUAUUGCGAAUAAGAGAAAAAAUAUGGUAAUUUAAUACUUUCAUAUCUACUUUAUUAACUUUAAGAACAAUACAUGAAUAAUGUUUUUGUUUUUUUUACUAGUUGUUGAUAAUUUAGAAAAUAAGUUCAUUGUAUUCAACCGUUCAAAAUACAUGAUUCAUAAUGUUAUUAUUUUUAACAAUUCAUGUACAAAAUAGAACAAAUAACAAAUAAACUGUUACAAACUUAUAAUUAUUUAAAUAUUAAAUUAAUAUAAUCUAUGGAGUGUUGAUUAUCUUCUUGGACUGAUAAAUUUUAUGAUUCCAAUUAGGUAAUUCGUUCAACAUUUCAUCCUACAAAAAACUGACUCAGUAGGAAUUGAUAGGUUGGUAGUAACAUACACCAGUACCUAUUCUCUCACAAUCCAAAUUAUGCUAUUUCAGAUCAAUAAAUUAACUCCACAGUUAAGUUAGUUGGUAGUGCAUCUAUAAAAUAUUGAUGGCAUGAUAAAACUUUCUUCAAUAUUUGAAUGAAUGAAAUAUUGAAGCAUGCUCGAAACAGUCAUAUUAUAGUAUUUACUUAACUAAAACAUUAAAAACAAAAGUGAUUAAAUUGCAGCAUUAUUUAUAAAAUUAUAUUAAAAGUACAAUGUAAAACAGUAGUUCUUCCAUUGUGAUUGUUAGAUGAAAUUUUUUGAUCAUGCAUGCAAUAAUUUUGAUUGAUCAAAUACAAUGUUUGUAAGACUCACUUUAAAGUUAAGUGAAUGGUUCUCCAAUGAUUUUGGACUCAAAUGUUAUAAUUACCAAUAAAGAUUCUAAACCAAUUUUAUAACUACUAAUAAAUAGGACAAAAAUUUUAAAAUGGCCCAUAAACUAUUAAAAGAUGUAUGGGAUGUCUGCAUUUGAUAAAACUAUUUCUAACUCAUUAAUUUCAUAAUGAUAAAUAACAAAUCAAAAUAAUUUUAAAAUAGUUUGUCGAAAAAAGAACCGCAUAGAAAAAAAAAAAAUUGUUUUCAUUACAAAUUAAUAGGAAACUCUGAAUAAUACUUAGACAUAAAAUGUUUAAUUAUACGUUUAUCAAUGAGCCAAUGAGUUCCAGAAAUACAUUUAUCUAUAUGCAACCUCUACCUUCAUUAUGAGUACAAAUAACUAAAAUAUUUGUUGAAAAGAUUUCAUUUGAAUACGAUGGGAAAAAGAACAAAUCUAGAGGUGUAGUUUUAUUUCUGUCCAUUUCUCUCCCAUACACAUACUACUGAUCUUUCAAGCUCCUAAAUGAAGUGAUUAGUUUGAUUUACAAAUUCUCUGUUUAUUCUUGAACUUGGCCUUUCAUUCAUUAUUGGCAUGUCAUGCCAAAAAUUAAAAAUAUAUAUAUUUAUAAAAUAAUUC